CGUGAGCCGACAGAAACAAACUGACACAGACCAGUGAAAGUCGGAGGAAAUCUGUCGUCUGUGCGUCCUGAACAUGAACAAACGGAAACUGAGUCUCAGGUGGUUCGGCAGUCUGACCAACCUGUCCACCCGACGCUCAUCAGACAAAACCAAAGCCAAUGCAGCCCCAGAGCAUGAUGGGAGGAGAGUGGGAGUUAAAGCAGGGGCGGGGUCUCAGUGGGUGGAUGACACAGAGCCCCGCCCCCUCCGCCCCCUCAGCCCCCUCAGCCCCCUCAGCCCCCUCAGCCCCUCCUACGCCCGCUCCAGUGACAUGUACACUCAUGUGGGAACGGUUCCACGAAGCCAGAGGCAGAAGAAGAGCAGCCGAGGCUCCAAGGACAAGAGGACUACCCGGAACCAGGACCAGGACCGGGACCGGGACCAGGAGGCGGCGGCGAGGCUGAAGGGGGACCAUGUCCGGGACUCGCCCCUGCUCAGCGCCCUGUCCAGCCUCAGCCUCUCCAGCCCGGAACGACCUUCACCUUUGACCUCCUGGAGCAAUGACGACAUGAGGGGCGAGGAGGCGCAGGAGGAGGAGUCAAUGACGGCGCCAGAAAGGCCCGAAGCGGCGCCAGAAAGGCCCGAAGCAGCACCAGAAAGGCCCGAAGUGGUACUGGACGGGCCCAAAGCGGCGCUGCCGUCAUCUCAGGACGUUUAUGUGCUCAUGGACCCGGUGGACGAGGCGACGGCGCUCCGACACCAACACGUGGCAGAGAACACGGAACGGCGUCAAGGCGUCACGUGUCCACAGGAAAGCGCCAAACCCACCGACGGCGAACAGGAAGUAGAAGGACGACGAAACUACAGUUUGAAGGCGGACGGCAGUGGCGAAUACGUGAAGUUUUCAAAGGAGAAGUUCUGGUUAGAGACGCCGACGGACGAGCUGAAGAAACAGCUGGAGGCGGAGCUAAAGCUGGGCGGAGCCAACCUGAGGAGCCACGCCUGGUACCAUGGACGCAUCCCUGACGAGGUGUCCGACAGCCUGGUGGUGACCCAUGGUGACUUCCUGGUUCGUGACUCCCAGUGCAUGCUGGGAGACUUCAUCCUGACCGUCCGCUGGGAGCAGCAGACGCUGCACCUGCCCAUCCGGCGUACGGCGGUGGGGGCGGGCUCAUCUGGGCGGGUGGCGUUCCGUCUGGACGACCACGCCUUCGACUCGUUACCCGCCCUCGUCCACUUCUUUGUGGGCGGCCGGGUGGCACUGACCCGGGGGGGCGGAGCCCAGAUCCACCGGCCCGUCAACAGGACACUGCCGCUCGGCUACCUGGAGACAGCGUUCUGCGCCGCCAGGCCACGCCCACAGGAGGCGGGCCUUCCUGACAGUCCUUCCUCCGUUCACCACCAGAGGGCAGAUGUGAGCAGACAAACCGAACCACCGCCGCCUGAUUUGUGCACCUUCACACCGAACACUGACGACAACGCUCCUCCAUCCAGGAGCAGCAGCAGAACCAGCAGCGUGGCCCCGUCUCCGUCCACCUCCAGAAGACCCCCGACCCUUGACCCCCCGACCUCCGACUCCGACGGCGGCAGCUGCUACACCGAGCUGUACCCGGGCCCUCAGAGCUACGUGGAGAGGCUUCGGGCGGAGGAGGGGUCGGCGGGCGGCGAUCAGCUGAGGGCGGAGGACAGGACCCUUCAGUUCUCACCCGUGGUGGAGACGAGCUCCGCCUUCAGACCUGGCGUUUACCGGUCGGCGCUGAUGCCCGGAGAGAACAAACCGCUGGAGGUGGGCGUCCUGCGGAGGGUCAAGGAGCUGCUGGCCGACAUCGACCCCCGGACGGCGGCAAAACACAUCACCAAGGCCGACUGCACGGCUGCCAGAAUUUUGGAGGUGAGUCCGGAGGUGCAAAGGAGGAUGGGAGUGACCUCUGGGAUGGAGCUGCUCACGCUGCCUCAUGGUCAACAGCUACGACUGGACCUUCUUGAGAGGUUCCAGACGAUGGCGACCACGUUGGCGGUGGACGUGUUGGGAUGCACGGGGACGAGCGAGGAACGCGCCGCUCUGCUGCACAAACUCAUCCAGAUCGCCGCCGAACUCAAGAGCAACAUGGGAAACAUGUUUGGCUUCGCUGCCGUCAUGAGGGCUUUAGAGCUGCCGCAGGUGUCUCGUUUGGAGCAGACGUGGACGACGUUACGACAACGACACACAGAGGGCGCUAUUCUGUAUGAAAAAACUCUGAGGCCGUUUAUGAAGAGUCUGAACGACGGCAGAGAGAGCUGUCCGCUGUCCAACACCACCUUCCCCCACGUCCUCCCCCUCCUGUUUCUGCUGGAGAAGAGCGUGGCGUUAGGCGAAGGGGUGGAGCCCUGGGAGACGGUGGAGGCCGGCGUAGACGUGGUCAUGUUCCACCUCGGGGCAGCGAGGACGGUGGCACAGCUGGGAGGGAUCUACCGGACCAACGCCGAGGCCAAACUACAGGACUUCCAGGUGCAGUCCGACGUCCUGGAGCUUUUCCAGACCGACUUCCAGAUGCGGCUCCUGUGGGGAAGUCGAGGCGCCGAGGAGCGGCAGGCGCUGAGAUUCGCCAAGUUUGACCAGGUGUUGACCGCCCUGUCCAACCGGCUGGAACCGCCCACCAGACCGCGUUGAUCCCAGACCAGGACCUGUUCGUCUGCAGACCAGGAAGCAAAGCCUUCUGGGAUCAGUCUGACGGUGGUCAGAUGGGGACACCUACUGGGCAGGUCUCAGUAUCGCAUUCACACCGACACAGAUGAGUUGAAUGGUGGUUUCACUGCCUUUUCCUGGUAUUUUUUAUUCAAUGGAUCAUCGGUCGCAUCUUCGUGUCGACUCGGAGGACGGUCGUACGGUCCAAUCCUCCUCUUAUUCCAGAAAUAAAUGAUCAUCUAGGUUUUCCUGAAGUUCUAAAGAAGGCGGUUCUUUAUGGAUCUGCUCCGUACUACAUGUGCACUGACUUUAACGGAACAGGUUCAGAGGUUGUGGUAUAAUCCAGAUGAACCCGGAUCAGACUGACCUCAUAUGGUGGGUACGUGGUUUUUGGCGACUGAUAUCUAUUGAGACGUCUGCUUUUCGUCUAAUAUCUCAUACGUCUGCUCUAGGAGUGUUAAAUAUGCUCACAUGGUACGGUCUUUUUAAUUAACACACAUUUAGACUCUGUUUAUCAGUGUUAAAUACUCUACUGUUGGUCUUUAACACAGAAGUGCAGUGGAAAGUCCCACAGUUUGACCAUGUUUCCUCAAAGGCCAGGGGUCAAGGGUCAGCAGGAACAAAACAAGGCCAAACCUCAAACACAAGUGGGUCAAAUCUAACAGUAUGGAUAAAUGUUCGUGGAUAUGUUCAUUUCUACAGAAUAAUCCAGCUGUUUUCAACACUUUGUCCUAGAUCACAGGUGUCAAACAUGCGUCCCGGGGGCCAAAUCCGGCCCGCCAAAGGAUCCAAUCUGGCCUGUAGGAUGGAUUUGUGAAAUACAAAAAUUA